AUGCAUCGCGAAGAGAGACCCUGUGCUUGUGAGUACUGUGAGAAAGCGUUUACUCGUUCAGGUUCCUUGAGAUGUCACGAAGGGAUUCACACUGGAGAGAAAUCAUAUGCAUGUAAGCAGUGUGGGAAAGCCUUUACCACACACACUUCCCUCCAAUGCUGUGAGAAGAUUCACACCGGAGAAAAGCCUUAUGAGUGUAAGCAAUGCGGAAAAUCUUUCAUGUUGUACAGAUAUUUGCAAAGACAUGAGCGGAUUCACAGUGGACAGAAACUCUAUGAAUGUCUGCAGUGUGGUAAAGCUUUUUAUGUCCACAGUGUCCUUUGAUAUCAUGAAAGGAUCCACAGUGGAGAGAAGCCCUGUGGUUGUAGGCAUUGUGGGAAAGCCUUCAAUCAUUCCAAUUAUUUGAGAUGCCAUGAGAGGAUUCACAACGACGAAAAGCCCUAUGUGUGUAAACAAUGUGGGAAAGCUUUCACUACACACAAUUCCCUUCAUCACCAUGAAAGGACUCACAUCGGAGAGAAACCCUAUGUAUGUAAGCAGUGUGGUAAAGCCUUCAGAACACAGAAUUCCCUUUAUCAUCAUGAAAGGACCCACACUGGAGAGAAUCCCCAUGGAUGUAAACAGUGUGGGAAAGCCUUCACGUUGUGCAGGUUCUUACAAAGACAUGAACGAAUUCACAGUGGGGAGAAAUCCUAUGCUUGUAACCAUUGUGGGAAACUCUUUUCAUGUUUGAGCGAGGUUCAAAGGCAUGAACAGACACACCCUGGAAUAAAGUCCUAUGUAUGUAGACAAUGUGGGAAAGCCUUCUCUAAAAACAGUUACCUGGAGUACCAUGAAAAGAUUCACAGUAGAAAGAAGCCUUGUGUGGUUCCCUUCAACGUCACAGAAGGAUUCACAGUGGAGAAAAACCCUAGUCUGUAG